CAGGAGCCUUUGCCUAAACCAGGCCAGCCCUCCUCCAACAAUGCAGCUGGAGAUCUGCACAUAGGCUUUGCUAGGUACCAGAUUUAAUCACAGGCACAGUAAAUCAACGAACAAAUAAUUGAAUAGAUCAGAUAUAUGACGCAUGCAGUGUUUCACAAGUUGGACGUGUUUUACAUUGGAUUACCCGGACGAAAAUAUUUUCGCUGUGAAUCCUUGAAUAUCUACUCCUGCUCAAAUGGCAAAUCCAUUAUCCUUGGGCCUGUUUCCAUGAUGCUGUUUGCCACUGCUCAGGAUUGGCAGCUUCUGUUUUGGCCACCCUGUUACCAUGGAAACUCGCACUCCUCCAUCUGCUAGUGUUGAUCAUGGCAAGGAAUCUAGAGCGGCAAGGCUAAUAAAAAUGGCCAAUAAAAGAUUGGCAAAUUGGGAAUUAAUACAUUAAAUAACGUUUGAGGGGAGAGAAAGAUCAAAUUUCAUUUCUAUUAGUGCCUCACCAAUAUCAUAUUUCUUUGAUUAACCCAAAAAAGACAUUAAGCUGUUAUGUUAUUAUGGCUCCAGAUCCCACAUGAUAUAAAAUAUUUUCACUUUGUUUUUAUAUUAAUGUAUUUAUUAAAUUAAAAAGCAAGACAAGCAUACCUGCCACAUGACUGGCUAUACCAUGCUACGUAACGGGGGUGGCACAGGGAAUGGUGCCCAACCCUGGGUGCUGCGCUGGUCUAACCGAAUAAGACUGACCUGGUUAAGUUUCACGCUGUUUGUUAUCCUGGUCUUUUUUCCACUGAUUGCCCACUACUACCUCACCACUAUUGAUGAAUCGGAGGAGGCUGGCAAGCGAAUAUUUGGCCCACGACCAGACAGUGAGCUUUGUGAGGUGAAGCAUGUGCAGGACCUGUGCCGUAUUCGUGAGUCUGUGAGUGAGGAGCUGCUGCAGCUGGAGUCCAAGCGCCAGGAUCUCAAUGGAGAAAUUGCCCGACUCAACCUGAAGAUUGAGGCCUGUAAAAAAAGCAUUGAAAAUGCCAAACAGGACCUUCUUCAACUUAAGAAUGUCAUCAGCCAAACUGAGCACUCCUACAAGGAGCUGAUGGCCCAGAACCAGCCCAAGCUCUCUCUGCCUGUCCGCUUAUUUCCAGAUAAGGAUGACACAGGCCUGCCAUUGCCUAAAUCGCACCGCUCCUGUCGGUUGCACUCCUGCUUUGACUACUCCCGCUGCCCGCUAACUUCUGGCUUCCCUGUUUAUGUUUAUGACGCAGACAGCUAUGCCUGGGGUGCUGCCCUGGACCCACUUGUCAAACAGGCCUUUGCCACUUCUGCAAAAAGUAGUAUUUAUGUCACAGAUAACCCAAGCAUUGCCUGUCUCUAUGUGGUCCUUGUUGGUGAACUUCAAGAGCCUUUAUCAUUGACCCCAGGAGAUUUGGAGAGGCAGCUCCAUGCUCUACCUUACUGGAGGAAAGACGGGCACAACCACUUGUUGGUCCAUUUGUCCCGAAAAUCACUGACCCAAAACUUUCUUUCCAACAUCAGCCUGGGCCGGGCUGCUGUGGCCCAGUCCACUUUCUUUGAGAAUCAGUACCGGCCCAGUUUUGAUCUAGUCACCUCACCCUUGGUUCAUGCCCUCUCAGAGCCCAACUUUCUAGAGGUGCCUCCACAGGUGCCUGUGAAAAGGAAGUACCUCUUUACUUUUCAGGGGGAGAAAGUGGAGUCUUUGCAUAGCAGCCUGCAGGAGGCACCCCCCCGCUCAUUCGAGGAGAUGGAAGGGGACCCUCCUGCAGAUUACGAUGACCGCAUAAUUGGCACACUGAAGGCAGUUCAGGACAGUCGCCUUGACCGGGUGCUGGUGGAGUUCACCUGCAAGAAUCACCCUCAGCCCAGUCUUCCUACAGAAUGGGCACUAUGUGGGGAGCGGGAGGAGCGACUCAAACUUCUCAGGGUCUCCACUUUUGCACUGGUGAUUGCACCGGGUGACGGCAGAAUGGUGGCCUCAGCUGGUUGUGGCAUGCGACUCUUUGAGGCCCUGGAAAUGGGUGCUAUUCCUGUGGUUCUGGGUGACCAGGCCAGAAUGCCAUACCAUGACCUGAUACACUGGAGUGAAGCUGCACUUAUAAUCCCCAAACCACGUAUUACAGAAGUACACUUCCUCAUACGUAGCAUCUCUGACAACGACCUGCUUGUCAUGCGCCGACAAGGGCGCUUCCUUUGGGAGACCUAUUUCUCCACAGCCGAGAAUGUUUUCGGAACCAUUCUGGCUGCCCUAAGAACUCGCAUUCAGAUUCCCGCCACCCCCAUCCGGGAGGAACUGGCCCAGGAGAUCCCUCACAAGUCUGGCAAGGCUGCUGGUACAGAUCCCAACAUGGCAGAUAAUGGUGACCUCGACUUGGGUCCUGUGGAGACUGAGCCACCUUAUGCAUCACCACGCUACCUGCGUAAUUUUACCUUCACAGCAGCAGACACAUUCCACGGCUGGAACCGGCCUCCUGGGCCAUUUCACCUUUUUCCUCACACACCACUGGACCCUGCCCUGCCCUCCGAGGCCAAAUUCUUGGGCUCAGGAACAGGGUUCCGCCCCAUUGGUGGGGGUGCAGGUGGCUCUGGGAAGGAGUUCCAGGCAGCAUUGGGGGGCAAUGUGCCUCGGGAGCAGUUCACGGUGGUAAUGCUGACCUACGAGAGGGAGGAGGUGCUGAUGAACUCGCUGGAAAGGCUCAAUGGGUUACCCUAUCUCAACAAAGUGGUAGUGGUCUGGAACUCCCCAAAGCCCCCCUCAGAUGACCUGCUCUGGCCAGACAUUGGGGUCCCCAUCAUGGUUGUGCGAACAGAGAAAAAUAGUUUGAACAACCGUUUCCUACCGUGGGAUGCCAUCGAGACAGAGGCGAUCUUGUCCAUUGAUGAUGAUGCCCAUCUCCGCCAUGAUGAGAUAAUGUUUGGAUUUCGCGUGUGGCGGGAAGCCAGGGACCGAAUCGUGGGGUUUCCAGGGAGGUAUCAUGCCUGGGAUGUAAACCACCAGUCAUGGCUCUACAACUCCAACUAUUCAUGUGAGCUGUCCAUGGUGUUGACAGGGGCUGCCUUUUUUCACAAGUACUAUGCAUACCUGUACUCCUAUGUGAUGCCCCAGGCCAUUCGUGACAUGGUGGAUGAGUAUAUCAACUGCGAGGACAUUGCCAUGAACUUUCUGGUCUCUCACAUAACCAGGAAACCACCCAUCAAGGUUACGUCUCGCUGGACCUUCCGCUGCCCUGGCUGCCCCCAGGCCCUCUCACAUGAUGACUCACAUUUUCAUGAACGGCACAAAUGCAUCAACUUCUUUGUCAAGGUGUAUGGCUACAUGCCACUGCUCUACACACAGUUCCGCGUGGACUCUGUGCUCUUUAAAACAAGGCUACCACAUGACAAGACCAAAUGCUUUAAGUUCAUAUAGAAUGCCAAAGAUGGAAUGAGAAGGAACUUGAGAGAGGGUGAUAAUAAAUAAGUUAAACUG